AGAACAUGUAUGGCCCAGUUACAUGUACCGAAACAGUGACUUUAAUACAUAUUAUUUUAUGAAGUGCAGGCCGGAGAGAUAUAGAUCUAAAUUGCAGUCUUUGGCCAAAGUUUGUGUUGGCCUUUCAUUUUGAGAAAGAAUUCAAACAACACCAGAUCAUAGAAAGAAAAGGUAAAAGAUCAAGGUGGUCUUAAACUGUUUUGAACAAGAGUACAUUCCAAUGUUGCAAGCACUAUGGGCUAGCCUGGUUGCUACUCUGUAUAUCUACCUCAGACCCAUGUUCAAGUGGAUUAUCCGCAGGGUGACCGGUAAAUGUGAGCUUCUCCGUAUAGUAUACCAGUACCCGAAUGGAGCUGCUAGGACCAAAUAUGUAGAGUACAGUUUAAAGCAUUCCAGCCAUCAUGAGUUGAAACGGCUUGUAAAAGAGACAGAUACUAACAUAGAGGCAGCGGUUGUCUUGGUGAUGAAAACAAAAUUUAUAUUGCCGGAAGUACACUCGCAAUUUGAGCAUAUAUUUCGGCAAAGUUUAACACAGAUAAAUGGGUAUGUAAGGCUGCAGCAUGAAGUAGAGACUGUAAGACAGGUGAAAUAUUCCAGUGAAAACUCCGAUCACGAAGAUAAACUGAUGAAGUUAUGGAAUAUCCUGACAGAUGGUGAAAAGUUGACAUCAAGAACAUGUUCCCAGUGGUCUCAGAUUGGCUUCCAGGGUGAAGAUCCACAGACUGAUUUCCGUGGCAUGGGACAACUGGGUCUAGAUCAACUAUUGUAUUUUUCAACAAAGUAUACAGCAGAAGCCAGAUCUUUGCUAUCCAAAUCUCACAAUCAAUAUUUUGGGUAUUCAUUUGCAAUAGUUGGUAUAAACCUGACGGAGCUGGUAUAUACAUUACUGAAACAUGGUAACCUGAGAACUCACUAUUACAACAAUAAAUCCAGCAAACCAACCAUCGAAGAUUUCCACGAGGUUUACUGUUAUGUGUUCUUCGACUUUGAUACAUUUUGGUUUAAUGAGAAACCAAAAGACAUUAUGGAGUUUGGCAGAAUACGGGAAAAAUAUCGCAAAAAGUUGGUGGCUCGACUUAAAGAAAAGGAUACAGUUCUUAUAGCAGAGUUCCAAUACAAGCACGAUUCCUGAGACUGUACAAAACUUUAUGCAAAAUAAGAAACUUGCAUGGUUCUCAAUCUGGAUAGACUAUUGAUAAUUUACCACUCCUCAGUUUACUAUAUGUUACAUUCUGAAAGAAGUAUAUAAAGGAUAACUGUACAGGAAAUUUCAGUUACUUAGGCUGUUAAAUAUUUGACAUCUUUCCUGUUGUAUUCUACUUACCUACCUUUCAUUCCAUCUAGUCAGAUUUACUAGAAGUGAUGAACAGAAUGUUGUAAAGUCAUUGUAUUGAUUUACACAGUAUAGGUAUACUUUAGUUUUGUACUGCAAGUGUUCAGUAUCUAUGGUAAUGGGAUCUGCUUCGUUUACAUAAAGCUUUAUUCAUUAACACAUUUCCACUUUGAAGGCAUAUUCACAGUUGUACAGAUAAAUGUUCUAUUGUGAAAAAGAAUGCUAAGUUUACAACACAAACACUUUGUAUAUUACCAUUUACCUCAUUACAUCACUCACAUUGUACAUAAUCAAUUACCUCCUGAUAUCGAGCACAUUGUGUAUCAACAUCUCUCCUUCAUUUCCGUGUGCAAAUUGUAAGGUUACAGUAUAUAAUGAUCUAUGAAAUUAUAAACAAAAUUCCAUGUUUUCCCUCAAAGUAAUGAACAGCUUACUGUUAGAUCCACCUUUUUCAGUAACAAGGUUUUGUCCGGAUUAAUCUUUAGAUAUUUAAGAAAAUACUGAUAUUUUAUAUCAUUUUAAAGAAAACUCCGAGGGUGAUAAUAGGAACUCCUUUAAAUUAUCAGAAUGCCUUGAUUAGUAUUUAUUUUAUUGUCCAAAAUAAAAUUUUGCGAGGUAUUUUCCAUUGUAAAGUUCAGCUAUUUUUGACACCAAAAUUUAGACAAAAUAAAGACUUGAUUUAUUUGUAAAGGAUUGUUAUAAAAUUGUCAGGAUAUCUUUGUCAACAGAAAAGCAACAUUUGCAUGCAAAAGUUUUGUUACAUUUCUAAAAUGUAGAGCAUUGUCGACAGUUAUUGACACCUUGAGCAUUGGCGGAGGAUAACAAGUUGUUUACUUAUGAUAAUCUUAGUUGAAACAAAUUAUCAACGUUAUUAAUUGUUCAUCCACAUCAUCCGAUAGUCCAUAUAGCAACAGCAGUAAGGCAGUACGAAUAUAAGAUAACCACACAUACAAAAAGACGUGGAGGCAGUUAUCUACACCAUUUUGCAGUUAUGGACACCCUAAUAAAGUUUAAAAAAAUGAAAUAAGUUAGAGGAUAUAGUAAGCUACAAGAUGAAUGGAAGUCAGUUGUAAAACUUAAAGAUAUAUUGAUAAUAAGUAGACUUUCCAACAUUUUGGCUUUAUAUUGUACAUUAGAUGUAUGCAUAAGGCCUGUGCCUUUUUCCUUGAUGUUAUACACAUCUGACUUAAACAAGAACCUAGUAGAUCUAGUCUUAGUCAAGGUUUGUAUACAGUAGAACAUUUUGAAGGGUGAAUCGCAACAUUUUUCAAUGUCUAGAAUAUACAACUGUAGAGGAUAUAUAAAAAGUGUCCAAGUGCCUUAGCCUUACUCUCGUGUUCCAUAGCACUUUUUCAAGCAAACGGUUCAGUUUUCGUGUGCUCUAACAUGGCUGUAAACCUAGCAAAAGCCAUUGUGACUUUGCCAUGAUUUAUACAAAGGAAAAAACAUAUUUGACAUUAAAUAAACAUUAUUACAUAUAUUUUGAAAAUUCAAAAAGAUACUGCUCACCCUUGGAGACCUUUAGAAGGUACCGGGUAGUUAAAAAAGUUAAAUGUUUGUCUGACAGCUGUUUGUGCACUACAGAUUGUUAACAAAUGUUGGAAUGCCAGGAAAUGAAACUUCUAAGUUAUAUAUAUAUAUAUAUAUAUGUUCCAGUUUUUUAUUUUAAUUAUAAAUCAGUUUUAUUCACUGUCACUUUGUAUUAAUAUGAGUACAGAAAAUUUAAAGUCUAUUUUAAUACGACAUUGUUGAGUCAUAAUGUUGUUUUUAUAAAAUGCUCAGUCUCGUACAAUAAAUUGAAUUUGAACAGUAAAAAA